AUGGACCCUGCGACGGUCUCUCGAGAUGUGAAAGAGCCUUCCAAUGUCGUGCUCCUCGCCUCAACCAACCCCGCCGCCAACGCACAAUUGCAUGAGGCGCUAGCCCUUGGUCAAGCCGUUCGGAGCUACGCGGCAGUCUACUUCCAGGGCUCGGCUCCACUUUUCCGCGACGUCAGAAGCGUCCCGGCUGCCGUCCCGCCCCUGCCAAAUGCUGGGGGCGUGCGAGGAGGGCGCCCGUCCUAUGCAGCCAAGCAGGGGGGCACGGACUUUAUGUUCGACUAUGGGUUUGCCUUCAGUCUGCAGCCUGCUGGAGCUUUUGCUCGAGGCGGAUUCGGCUCGACGUGCAUUGGACGCACGUGCAGCGGGAAAGGAGCGGUCUACACGCGGGGCAGCGAACCCUUUGUCUGGGAGCGGAAACGGAACAGGGGUGGAGCACUGAUCUGUCGGGGUGGAGGAGGGCACCUCCUGUGCUUGCGGUGCGUAGAAGCCGAGUAUGAAGCUGGACGCCCCUUUGUCUCGAGCGCGAGCGGAUGCCCCGUUCCUCAGCAAGAGCUUUUUACCAAGUAUGAAACCUUCCAUGGGACGAAGGAGCUUCGAGAGGUACAGUCAGGGGAGGAGGCAAGCGAGGGCGGCCACCAGUUUUUCGUGCAGAGGAGGGACCUUGCCGCCUGCCCAUUCUGCCGCGAAUCUAGAACGGCUGCUCCAUUGAAGCGGGGGGUAAAGAGGGCGCUCGAUGAGGGGCCGAGCCCACGAGAGCUCGGCUCGGUUGCCCUCCUCUCGGAGCUCACCCGAAGCAAGAUCCCCCCGAUCGCCGUCGCCCCCGGCCUCUUUCUUGUGUCCCUGCUCGACGCCUCCAGUGGGCGCCUCCUGGACAUCUCUGCCACGGAUCGAGGGCUCAGUAACGUCCCCCGGCUCGUCAAGGUCGACCACACGGUCAGCUUCCAGUGCCUCUGCGGUCAAAAGGCGUGCCGGGACCACGAAAUGGGGUUCCUGGAGGGGACCCGUUCUAUGGGCGGCUGGUGGCAGGGCGGGGAAGCCAUCUUCACGGCCUUUGACGGAAGCCGUCCGUUCGUUCGAGAGGUCACAAGCGGCGUCUCGUGGGUCUUGCCAAUCGAUCAGAGCGGAUUGGUUGGGGCGGUUCUCAGAGGGUUCACAGACACGACGGAGAUGUCUUUCUACUUUGAUGACGUCUACUUUGAUGAGUUGGAUGUCAGUGUGAUAUCAGAGAAGCAAGCUCUGAACAUGUUGUACAGUAUCCUUGUGAGAGGAUCGUGGGGUAAAGCUGGCCGUAUAUCUGAUCUGAGGUGUUUCAACGAGGACGCGCCCGGAGGCAAUUCGGACGAGGAUCCCAACUCCUCUGAAACAUCGGACUGCGAAGACCAAGUGGACUAUGACAUGAGGCCCGACUCAGAGAUGGUGAAGGACUUCUUUCCAGAUUCUCGGACGUUGGAUGCAUUCGUUAGUAUGAUGACGCUUUACAAGAAGGAUCUAGAAACGUUCUGCGCAGAGUACAAACAGACACGUGUGCUCGCGCGUGCCGAUUGCGCGCACCUGUACUCGAGCGAGGUCGAGGCGGCUGAGACGGAGGCGCGCUCGGCCGGAACGCCUUUGCGGCAGGAGCGAACGGAGGGGGCAAAAUCUGAGCUGGCCACUUAUGCUUUUGGGAGGGACAAAGUCGUCACUUUUGAUGGCACCUUCUUCGCCAACUCGAGCGCUAUGAGGGACUCUCAGACGGAGGCGUCGCUUCAUAGCGUCUGUGAGCCGGAUCCAGAGGCGUCUCGAGUGGCUGGGGGUUUCACUCCUCUGAGCGUUGGGGGGGUGCGGCCCUCUGUCGUGCCGUCAGAGGGGAUCGAUUGCGAGUGGAAGUAUCGGAACGGGCUUUCGGAGCUGCGGCCGGCCGUGCGUGCUCUGGCGCAACGUUGGUGCAACUUUCGAAAAGCGCAAGCGCAAGGGAGCAAUGCGCCUCUGAAGCCGGAGGAGUUCGUCGCCAUGCGGGAGGGGUUGCCAGCAAACGUGCGGGCCUUGAUUGACUUCGUGACGGAGUCGGGUGUCGGAUGUGCGGAUCCAACCGCGUGCGCGGUAUGCAAGGGAAUCCCGCGGCGUCCUUGGAUGCAAGGGCAUCUGAAAGACGGGCGGGUCGGGGCGACAGGAUGGUGCCCCAACCACUGGCAGCCGUAUGGGGCCCUCCUUCACGCGCUCCUCAUCCCUCGCUACUCGUGGGUGUUUGGGCAUGUGGUGGGGCUGAAGUUGCUUCGACACCUCCUGCUAGAGGGGCCGUUGGACGAGCGUGGAAUGGCAUACCUCUCCGAGGACGCCCCAAUGCUGGCAACCAUCUUGCGCCUGCAUCCGGUCGCUGGAGGGUUGUACAUCUGCCCCCCAACUCUGCGGCCCCUCUUGCGCGACAUCUACGCCACGAACCUACUGUGCUUCGAGCCGAGCGCGAACCGGCCAACCUCGUCCCCUCGGUCGCCCUUGGCGGCCCUCCAUGAUGCUACGGAGCAUUUGUGGACGAUUGAGGGCGAGAAGCUGAGGCUCGUGGGCCAACCGGAGCCGGCGGCGAUGGGGUACGCGGAAAGGCACGCGGCGGCUCUGAAGAGGGUCGCCAACUCGCUGCUGUUCGAGUUAGAAACGCGCGAGCCUCAGUGCUAUGGGGAGGGGGGGUUCCUUUCAGCGCCCUCCGUGGCUUAUGCUGAACGAGUCCAAGCUGUUUCCUCGUACGACUUCCACCCUCUGUUGUACGGGCGGCCUCAAUUUUUGGAUUGGGAGGAUGGCACUGGGCGUGGAAAGAAGGGAUCGGAGGAGCGUCUCACCCAGCACUGUAGCGCUCCAAAUCCGCGGUCGUCAAAGGGCCGGGCGGGGGUUUUCAUCGCGUGCUGCCAAGAUCGGGCGCCCCUCGGUUAUCAUUGGCUGAAGGGGGGCGAGUCCGUGUCGGACUUGGGAACCGUGCUGCUCACGCGGUUCCCUUUCAAGGCGCUGCGGGGGCUCACAAUUGUCGAGGACGCUGCCUGCAAUGCCCAGGAAUGGUUCCUCAACCGGGUGCCACAGAUAGCUAAGUUCAUGUUGUUUGUGGUGGACCGCUUUCACUCGGGGCCAAUCAGCUGCGCUCCCUCGGGGGCCAAGCGCUAUGCAACGCACACGUGCUCGCCGACACUCUUCAUCGAUUCCUUUCCCCAACAUGCCCAGACGAUCACGACGGCAUCGGAGGGCAUCAACUCGGGCUUGAAGAGAUGCGCGCCUAGCCUCCAACAGAUCACGAGCAUCAAACGGCUGCUGAGUAGAGUCACAACGAUCCUUGAUACAUUGUUCGAACGGUCAAAGUACGCAGUCUACUGGAGCAAGGCUAGCAAUCCGUUGAGAGACUCGAUCAAGAGGGGGCGUUGUUGA